AUGCCUCUUUUUACUCGCAAUCGCAAUGUCGACAACAGUCACACAGCAACUGCUGUCAACACAGGAAACAACUCAAUGGAAGUUCCAACACCCGCCAUCGCAAACGCAUUCAACUCGAAUCCCGAGAAGAAUGUCAGAACGAAUGAAAACCUUCACAUGCCUGCUCUCACCAUGCGCACCAUCUACAUGACCAUAUUGGUUGCCAUGGGUGGAUUCAUCUUUGGUUAUGAUACUGGACAAAUUUCUGGGUUUUUGGAGAUGGAAGUCUUCCUGCAAAGGUUUGGACAGAGAUCCAACAACUUGAUCGCUCAUCCUUUUGGCUAUGCUUUCUCGAAUGUGCGAUCUGGAUUGAUUGUUGCUUUGUUAUCCAUUGGUACAUUGUGCGGAUGUUUGAUUGCUGGACCUCUCGCCAAUUCAUAUGGACGCAGAGCGUCUAUUCCACCUUGGUGUCUGAUCUUCUGCAUUGGUGUUGUUGCACAAAUGGCCGUUGGCCCUGGGGACUGGGUAGGCAUCGCAAUGGGACGAUGGUGUGCCGGUUUGGGAGUCGGUGGUCUAUCGGUUCUUGUUCCCAUGUACAUGGCAGAAACUAGUCCGGUGCCUGUAAGAGGAGCUGUUAUUUCAUGUUAUCAACUCUUCAUCACCAUCGGAAUCUUCACCGCCGAUUGUAUCAACUAUGGAACUGAGAAAUUCACCAAUACAGGUUCUUACCGAGUUCCCAUGGGCGUUGGUUUCAUCUGGGCAAUCAUCCUUGGUGUUGGUAUCCUAUUCCUUCCAGAAACACCCAGAUACGAUUGGAACCACGGAAAUUCCGCCCGGGCCCGCACAACCAUGGCCGCUUUUCAUGGCGUCCCUGAAGACCAUCCUGCGAUCGAACUGGAAUGUGCUGAAAUCGAGAAAGUUCGUGCUGCUACCCAAGGUGAACAUCCAUGGUACGAAGCCGUCACCGGUCCAAGAAUGUUCUACAGAGUGUCUCUUGCAAUGGGAUUGCAGAUGUUGCAACAACUUACCGGUGCCAACUAUUUCUUCUACUACGGUACAACCAUCUUUGCCGGUGUCGGUAUCAAAAACUCUUUUGUUACUGCCAUGAUUCUUGGUGGUGUCAAUGUUGGCGCUACAUUCCUUGGUGUCUGGAUGGCUCGUAGAUUCCGUCGUCGCGAAUCCCUGUACAUUGCCGCACUCUGGCAAUGUAUGUGUUUCCUCGUCUUUGCAUCCGUCGGACAAUUUAUAUUCAAGGAUGCCGUUCCCGAAAGCUCCACAGCGAAGACGGCCGGAACUGUCAUGAUUGUCUUUGCUUGUCUGUUCAUCGUCGGCUUCGCAAGUACAUGGGGUCCUCUCGUAUGGGCAUGUAUCGGAGAAAUGUUCCCAUACCGCUAUCGAGCGGUCGCAAUGGCUUUUGCUACCUCUGCAAAUUGGUUCUGGAAUUUCAUGCUUGCGUUCUUUACCCCUUUCAUCACCAACGACAUUCAAUAUGCGUAUGGUUAUGUUUUUGCAGGAUGUAACUUUGCGGCUUUCUUCGUCGUCUUCUUCUUUCUUGUUGAAUCUAGUGAUAAGACAUUGGAGGAAGUUGAUGCCAUGUAUUUGUUGGGUGUCCGACCUAUUGGAAGUCACGCAUUCAAAUUUGAUGCAGACACGAUGGCUACUUUGGGUACUGCCAUCAACACCGAUUCUAUGCAUUUGGAAAACAGAAAUGGUAGAGUUCAGAAGGUUAAUGAGGCUGGUCAGGGUGGAGUUUUCCAUGAUGAGGGCUUGCCGAGAAAUAAGUCUGUCACUGAGAGUUAG